AUGGGUUCAGUCAAUACCUUCAGCCUGAGUGCCGACAGCACCAAGUUCCUAAAUGAGUCCGGAGCCUCAGCAGUCGGCUCAGGCAUUGUCCAGCGUUUUGAGCGCUUGACGGGGAAGAAACCUCAUCACUUCCUUCUUCGACACAUUGUAUUUGCUCAUCGACAGUUAAAUGACAUCUUGGAUGCUUACGAGCGACGUGAACCUUUUAUCAUUUUUACUGGACGAGGGCCCAGCAGUACUAGUAUGCACGUUGGUCAUGCUCUACCGUUCCAGCUCGCCAAAUAUCUCCAAGAUGUCUUCAAGGCACCCACAAUCAUCAUGUUGACGGAUGACUCCAAGUACCUGUUCAAUUCAAAGUACACAUUGGAAGAUAUCAGACGCUACACAAUCGGAAAUGCAAAAGAUAUCCUUGCGUUUGGAUUUGAUCUGAAACUCACUUACAUGUUCUCAUCCCUUGAGAACAGCAAUGGUCUCCUUUACGAAUGCAGCCUCGAGUUUGCCAAGCGCAUCACUCCAGAAGAGGUUCAUCAACAUACCGGCUUUCAAUAUGGAAGCAUGAACAUUGGCAUGUUCAACUUCUUUGCCAAACAGAGCGCCGGCUUCAUGCCUGGUAGUUUUCAAGACAUUCUACCAGACGUCAAGACAAAGGGUUUGCCUAGUCUGACCAUUAUCGGUACUGAUGUCGAUCCUUUCUUCUGGAUUAGUCGUAAAUACGCAUCUCAGGUUGGAGAACGCACACCUUGUUUCAUCUACACAUCGCUAGUACCCAGCCUCGAUCCCAAGGACACGGGAAAGAUGUCGGCGUCAGUGACUUCGUCUGCCAUUUUCCUUGACGACGAGGUUUCUGUCGCCGAGAAGAAGCUGAGAAAACAGCUUAGCAGCAAUGAUGCUGGCACUAGGUCGACUAUGCUUGAUUACCUGCGGGCCUACCAACCAAAUGUUGAGAACUUUGCAACGUUGGAGGAUUUGAGCCAUGAUGAAUUGGUGCACGAGGUCGUGAAAGCCAUCAAGGCAUACUUGCAGGACUUUCAGAGUAGACGAAAGGAGAUCACUGAUGAGGUGUUGGCGGCGUUUAUGAAGCCACGAGUCAUUUCAUUUUCGAACUAA